AUGUCCCUCACCCAAAGACCAACGUUCAGCGUGGCUGCCAAAAAAACUUUACAGAAAAUUGCUAUCGAAGAGGCGAUUUCUACCCACGUUUUCAAUGCCACAGCCACACUGCCACCUGUUGACAGCACGGGCGAGCUCCCUUACGUUGAGAGCAACUACGUUGCUGACGUGAAAGACCGGCUCACCAAUGUUGAGGCUCGUGUGAAAGCUAUGGACGAAGCCGGUGUGGCUCUCACCGUGGUCUCCUUGACCAUGCCCGGGAUUGAAGGAAUCUUUGAUACAGCGCAGGACCCCGUGGAAGCCGAACGUUGCGUCAAGGACCUUGGAUUUGUUGGCAUCUUGAUCAAUGGAUUCUCCAAUGUUGGAAGCGCCGAUCAGGUGCAAUAUCUGGACGAGCCGCAAUGCGCUCCAUUCUGGGCUAAAAUGGCCGAGCUCGAUGUGCCGCUCUAUAUGCACCCCCGAAUCCCCUCCCCAAGCCAGAUGCGUGCCUACAAGGGAUAUGAAUUCCUAGGCGGUAGUCCAUGGGGCUUUGGAACCGAAACUGCCACACAUGCAAUUCGUUUGAUGAUUUCGGUAUUGUUCGAUAAGCACCCUAACUUGCGCAUUAUUCUCGGACACUGCGGCGAGGGGAUUCCUUUCUCGAUCAAUCGCAUCGAUCAUAGACUGAGGCACUUCCAACCGCACCACACUCCCUGCCAGUUGCGGCUGCAGGAUUAUUGGGAGAAGAAUUUCUAUAUCACUACGGCAGGAGUCAUGGAUGAUGGUACUUUCUUUAAUACGUUAAAGUCGUGCGGGGAGGACAGACUUUUGUGGAGUGUUGAAUACCCCUACGAGGAUUACAAUGAGAUUGGCUCAUGGUUCGAUAAUCUGGAUUUGAACACCAAUUCGAGGGCCAAGAUUGGCUGGGAAAAUGCACGAAGAAUACUGAAGUUAGACUAA